AUGACCAGGACAAGCCAGCAGAGCCGUCAGGGAGGAUGCUGUGGCUCCUUAGCAAACUACCUGACCUCUGCAAAAUUCCUUCUCUACCUUGGUCAUUCUCUGUCUACUUGGGGGGACCGGAUGUGGCAUUUCGCGGUGUCUGUGUUCCUGGUGGAGCUCUAUGGGAACAGCCUGCUCUUGACGGCGGUCUACGGGCUGGUGGUGGCAGGCUCUGUGCUGGUCUUGGGAGCCAUCAUCGGCGACUGGGUGGAUAAGAAUGCCAGACUGAAAGUGGCCCAGACUUCACUGGUUAUCCAGAAUGUUUCGGUCAUCCUGUGUGGAGUCAUCCUGAUGAUGGUUUUCCUACAUAAGAACGAGCUUCUGACUAUGUACCAUGGAUGGGUUCUUACUUCAUGCUAUAUCUUGAUCAUCACGAUCGCAAAUAUUGCAAACUUGGCCAGUACUGCUACCGCAAUCACAAUCCAAAGGGAUUGGAUUGUUGUUGUUGCAGGAGAAGACAGAGGCAGAUUAGCAGAUAUGAAUGCUACAAUACGAAGGAUUGACCAGUUAACCAACAUCUUGGCCCCCAUGGCUGUUGGCCAGAUUAUGACGUUUGGCUCUGCGGUCAUUGGCUGUGGUUUCAUUUCGGCGUGGAAUUUGGUGUCCAUGUGUGUGGAAUACUUUCUGCUCUGGAAGGUUUACCAGAAAACCCCUGCUCUAGCUGUGAAGGCUCCUCCUAAAGAGGAAACUGAGUUGAAACGGCUGAAUUUAUACAAAGAAUCUGAGCCAAAACCCCUGGAGGGAACUCAUCUAAUGGGUGAGAAAGACCCUGACAUCCAUGAACUUGAACAUGAGCAAGAGCCAAGCUGUGCCUCGCAGAUGGCUGAGCCCUUCCGCACCUUCCGAGAUGGAUGGGUAUCCUAUUACAACCAGUCUGUGUUUCUGGCGGGCAUGGGUCUUGCUUUCCUCUAUAUGACUGUCCUGGGCUUUGACUGCAUCACUACAGGGUACGCCUAUACUCAGGGGCUGAGCGGGUCCAUCCUCAGUAUUUUGAUGGGCGCAUCAGCCAUAACUGGAAUAAUGGGAACUGUGGCUUUUACAUGGCUGCGUCGGAGAUGUGGCCUGGUUCGGACUGGCCUCAUCUCAGGAAUCGCACAGCUUUCCUGUUUGAUCUUGUGUGUGAUCUCCGUGUUCAUGCCUGGAAGCCCCUUGGACUUGUCUGUUUCACCUUUUGAAGAUAUCCGUACUAGGUUCAUUCAAACAGAACCACUUUCAAUUACACCUACAAAAAUAUCUGAAAUCAUCUCUACAGCUGAUGCGCACAUGUCAAACGGGUCUGUUCCUGCUAGUACUGUCCCAGAGAUGAGUUCUGAAUCCGUGCCUAUAAUCUCUGUCAGCCUGCUGUUUGCAGGCGUCAUUGCUGCUAGAAUCGGUCUUUGGUCCUUUGAUUUAACUGUGACACAGUUGCUGCAAGAAAAUGUUGUUGAAUCUGAAAGAGGCAUUAUAAAUGGUGUACAGAACUCCAUGAACUAUCUUCUUGAUCUUCUGCAUUUCAUCAUGGUCAUCCUGGCUCCGAAUCCUGAAGCUUUCGGCUUGCUUGUGCUGAUUUCAGUCUCCUUUGUGGCAAUGGGCCACAUCAUGUAUUUCCGGUUUGCCCAGAAAACUCUGGGCUCCCAGCUUUUUGCCUGUGGUCGUGAUAAUAAAGAAGUUACAGAUGCAGAUCAAGCUAAUACUUCUGACGUGUAA